UGUUUUUUUAACAAAGCACUUGUUUACUUCGUCGCAAAAUCAAAAGCCAGACUGCGGCCUAAAUAAAUACGAGCGUCGCUCCAUUCAUUGAAAGUUAUGUCUGUUUGCGAAAUGUGUAAGAAAUUUAGUAGUUUUGCGUAUAUGAAACCAAAAUGUCACGAUCUCCAUGCUGGAUUAUCCUUUUAUAUUUGGUCCUUACUACUUUCACUUUUACUUUCGCACAGAACUAUUGCGAUCCAGAGCUGUGUCCAAGCGGAAGACACGUGGCCUGCCAAAACAGCGGUCGCUUUGUGAGUGGCUGCAGCGGCGAGUUCGUCCAAGUGGAUGCCCACAUCCCGUUGAUUCUCCAACUGCACAACGAACGCCGUAACCUGAUCGCUGGCGGUGGUGUCAGUGGCUUCCCCAGUGCCGUCCAAAUGGCCACAAUGGCCUGGGACACGACACUGGCCCAACUGGCCGCAUACAAUGCGCUGCAGUGCCGCAUGGCGCACGACGAAUGCCGCAACACGAACACGUAUCGCUAUGCCGGCCAGAAUCUGAGCAUUCUCUUCACCCGGAGUGUGGAUGUGGCGGUCUUCCUGCGCCAGCGGAUCGCCGCCUGGUUCGAUGAGAAUCGGGAUGCGAGCAGUGGCGACAUGGAGAACUAUCAGAUGCGCGGUGGACCAGCAAUUGGCCACUUCACCACCAUGGUCAACGAGCGAAAUAACCGAGUGGGAUGUGCGAUUGCCCGAUUUACGGACGCCAACAAUGUGCAGGCCACCCUGUUGGCCUGCAACUACGCGGUCACCAAUGUGGUGAAUAACCCGGUUUACAGGGCGGGAACCGCCGCCUCGGAAUGCACUACAGGUCGAAACUCCAACUAUCCGAAUCUCUGCUCGUCCAACGAGGUUUACAACUACAAUCAGUGGUCGGGAUAAGGGAAUCUAUGCUAUUUAGCAUAACAUUUUCUAGCGUAAAUGUGCUGAAUUGUUUUUUAUUUGUACUCGCACUGCAUAUCUGAAUAUAUUUUACCCGUUCUUA